AUGUGUGAGGUUGCUAAAGUAGCAUGGGAAAUUCUGGAGAUUACGCAUGAAGGAACAAAAACUGUGAAAAACUCAAAGAUUAAGAUGUUAGAAGAUGAAAGUUUUAAUGAGUUUUAUGCUAAACUUAAUGACAUUGUUAAUUCCAGGUUUAAUCUCAGAGAAAAAGUUGAUGAUUCAAGAAUUGUGAGGAAGAUCCUAAGGUCUCUACUUGAAAGAUUCAGACCUAAAGUUAUUGCUAUUGAAGAAAGUAAAGAUUUGGAUACAAUAAAAGUUGAAGAGCUGGUCGGAUCUUUACAAGCAUAUGAGUCUUCACUUUCUCAAGCUAGAAAAGGAAAAACUUUGAAUGUAUUACUUAGUUAUAGUUCUGACUCUGAAAAUUCAUCAUCUGACAAUGAAAAAUCUUUUAUGGCUUUUGCUUCUAUUGUGAAUGAUCUUACUGAGGUUGAACUAACAAAAGCUGAAAGUGAAUGUGCCUUUAGUGAUUCGGAUGUAGCCCUUGUUGAAGCUGAUAAGGAUUUUAGCAUACAAGAACCAUAUAAUGACGUAUGUGAAGUAGUAGUCAAAUUAAAGAAACUCAACAAGAAGCUGUACAAUAGACUCACUUCUGUGGAAGAUUUUUGCUUCCAAAAUAAGAUAAUACAAAGCAGUGCAAAUGAAAAGAAUAAACCAAAACCCAAAGUAAAAUGGGUGAAUAAAAAAGAUGAUGUGUGCUUUGUUGCUCACACAACACUUAGAGCAAAGAAAGACUGUUCUUGGUAUCUGGACAGCGCUUGUUCAAGACACACGUCUGGAGAUAAAGCAUUGUUCAAGAAGAUUGAACAAACUGCUAGAGGCACUGUGACUUUUGGAGAUAGAAGCAAAGCUACUGUAGAAGGAAAAUUGAGUAUUGAAAUACCUGAAUUACCUUCUUUACAUGAUAUUUUGUCUGUUAAUGGUCUAAAAGGCAUACAUCAGGAAUUUUCUAUGCUUAUUACUCCACAGCAAAAUGAGUAG